AUGUCCGCUCACGAAAUCCCAAAGACUCAAAAGGGUGUGAUCUUCUACGAGAACAACGCUCCCUUGGAAUACAAGGAAAUCGACGUGCCAACCCCAAAGGCCAACGAACUGCUCAUCAACAUCAAGUACUCCGGUGUGUGCCACACCGACUUGCACGCCUGGAAGGGUGACUGGCCUCUGCCUGUCAAGUUGCCUCUGGUCGGUGGCCACGAAGGUGCCGGUGUGGUGGUCGCCAUGGGCGAAAACGUCAAGAACUGGAAAGUCGGCGAUCUUGCCGGUGUCAAGUGGCUCAACGGCUCCUGCAUGAACUGUGAGUCGUGCGAACUCAGCAACGAGUCCAACUGCCCAGAAGCCGACCUCUCUGGCUACACCCACGACGGUUCCUUCCAGCAGUACUGCACGGCUGACGCCGUGCAGGCCGCCAAGAUCCCAGCUGGCACCGACCUGGCCGAAGUGGCUCCUAUCUUGUGCGCCGGUGUCACCGUGUACAAGGCUUUGAAGUCUGCGGAGCUUGCUUCCGGCCAAUGGGUCGCCAUCUCCGGUGCCUGCGGUGGUCUCGGUUCUCUUGCCAUCCAGUUCGCCAAGGCCAUGGGUUACCGUGUGCUAGGUAUCGACGGUGGUGACGGCAAGGAGCAAUUGUUCAGACAGCUCGGCGGUGAAGUGUUCAUCGACUUCCGUAACACCAAGGACAUUGUCCAAGAGGUAAUCAAGGCCACCAACGGUGGUGCCCACGGUGUCAUCAACGUGUCGGUCUCCGAGGCUGCCAUCAGUUCCUCCACCGAGUACGUCAGAAACAACGGUGUCGUGGUCUUGGUCGGUCUACCCGCCAACGCCUACUGCAAAUCCGAGGUUUUCAGCCAGGUGGUCAAGUCCUACAAGAUCGUCGGUUCUUAUGUCGGUAACAGAGCCGACACCAGAGAAGCUCUAGACUUCUUUGCUCGUGGCUUGGUCAAGUCGCCAAUCAAGAUCUGCGGCUUGUCUGAACUGCCUGAGGUCUUCGAAAAGAUGGAGAAGGGCCAAAUCAUCGGUAGAUACGUCGUCGACACCACCAAAUAA